AUGUCCAACGGUUUCCUCCGGGUUGAAGGGGACAAAGUGGUUGAUGGCAAGGGGAACACGGUGAUUCUCCGAGGAGCUGGCCUUGGAGGAUGGAUGAACAUGGAGAACUUCAUAACUGGCUACCCAGGCCACGAGUAUCAACACCGAGCCGCCAUGCUGAAUGUCCUUGGCAAGGAGAAGCAGGAGUUCUUCUUUGAUAAAUUCCUCGAGUACUUCUUUCAAGAGGCAGACGCCCAGUUUUUUGCCAGUCUGGGGCUCAACUGUAUCCGUUUACCAUUCAACUAUCGACAUUUCGAGGACGACAUGAAUCCUCGCGUGUUGAAAGAGUCGGGAUUCAAGCACUUGGAUCGAGUCAUCGACCUGUGUGCCCAGCACAACAUUUACACGAUCCUUGACAUGCACACGACGCCGGGUGGUCAGAAUCCUGACUGGCAUUCUGACACGGGUAGUUCCUACGCGGCUUUCUGGGACUACAAAGAUCACCAAGAUCGCACAGUCUGGCUCUGGGAAGAGAUAGCCAGGCACUACAGGGAAAACGCUUGGGUGGCGGGCUACAACCCCUUAAACGAGCCCUGUGAUCCCGAACAUUGGCGCUUGCCAGCUUUCUAUGCUCGUCUCGAGCCAGCGCUGAGGAAGAUCGACCCCAAUCAUAUACUAUGGCUGGACGGGAAUACAUUCGCCAUGGAAUGGAAAUACUUCGAUAGAGUGUUGCCAAACAGCGUGUACGCUCUGCACGACUACUGCUCGAUGGGCUUCCCUACUGGCGACAGGUUCAGGGGAAGCAUCGAUCAGAAUUCAAAGAUCGAGCAGCAGUUCCUGCGCAAAUGCUCGUUCAUGCAAGAGCAGAAAGUUCCAGCGUGGAAUGGCGAGUUCGGGCCCGUGUAUUCGGACCCGCGCAUCGAUUCUGACGCCGAAGAGAUCAACCAAGAGAGAUACAACCUGCUGGGGGCUCAGCUGGCCAUCUACGACAAACACAGAAUCCCGUGGACUAUCUGGCUGUACAAGGACAUUGGGGUUCAGGGCAUGGUCCACACUGAUCCGGAUGGUUUGUGGAACAAGACGAUCCAGCCGUUCCUGGAGAAGAAGCGCAUGCUCCAGCUCGAUAGCUGGGGUAAAUAUCCUAGCAAGGAAGUUGCUGACGUGAUCGAGCCACUUGCGAAAUGGAUGGACAGCGUCGCGCCCGAGGCGACCAAGACCUAUCCCACGUCAUGGCCGACACAGCGACAUUUGGUACGAAACACCAUCGAGACCUUCCUGGCGAAGUCUUUCUCGGUCGAAUUCGCGAACCUGUUCAAGGAUUUCUCGUUCGAGCAGCUGGACGAAGCAGCGAAGAGCUUCAGCUUUGAGAGAUGCAAGCAGCGGGAGGGACUGAACAAGAAUAUCAGUGAUCACGCGGAGAUUCAUAAGACAAGUAGCAUGGCGUGA